AAGGAUGAUUGGUGGAAAGGUCGAUGUAAUGAUCGUGAGGGAAUAUUUCCUGCCAACUACGUUCAGAAAUGUGAAACUCCAGUGGGUGCUGCGAUCCCAAUACUUUGUCGUGCUAGGGCAGUAGCUGACUUCGAUGCGACCGCAGCUAACCAACUCACUCUAAAAACUGGCGACAUUGUAUCAGUACGCGAAAAAAGUUCCACUGGAUGGUGGGAAGGUGAAAUAGUACGAGAUGGGCAUACUCAGGCUGGAUGGUUUCCAGGCGACUAUGUCACGCCCAUUCCUGUGAGUUUUUCUCAUUUGAACACCUUUCUUCUGGCAGAAGAUCUGCGUUCUUUUUCUUUGAAAAUUGGGAUGUGGAGUUCCCAUAUGUGCAGGAUACUCGAUUCAAGAUAA